AUGGGAGCCUGCCGAAUCCAGUAUGUCCUGCUCCUCUCUCUGCUGGGCUUCUCCCCAUGCUCAGAUACUCUGACCUGUAAGGAGGGAACCCUGGUGAAGUUUGGGCAAAACUUCACGAAGGAACCAAUUGAAUGGAUCGUAAAUCCGACUGUGUCAGCUGGAGGUGAUAAAACCUCGUGUCAGGAGACACUGCUGCUCAUUGACGUAGGGGAACAGUCUCUCAUGAUAGGGAGCAAAAGUCCCAGCAAGGAUCCCGGUGUGACCCAAGAUUUCGAAAUGUUUGCUGCUGGGCCUGGAAUCAUAGCUGCCUCUUAUGUCAACGUCUGUAACACUGACCAGUGCAACAAGGCAGACAGCACAAGUGUCCUACUUAACAAGUUGUCCCUUUCAGAAUAUAAUGAGCCAGGAAAACUCAAGUGUCCUGCCUGCGUGAGUUUUAAGGGUUCUGCUUGUAACCACAACUCGAAGCGUGCCCCCUGCCCUAAGGAAACUAAAUGCUAUGCCAGUUCCUUGGAAGUGAAUGGAGGUGGCCUCAGUACUGUUUUUGAGAUUUUCGGAUGCCUGAGCUCAUCUUCCACAUUUUUAUUCAACAACCAAACUUCAAUUGGGAUCAUUUCGAUAAAAGAAAUCCUUGGGUCAGAUACGGCCAUUUCAUCCUCACAUGUCCUUGUCCCGAGCACCCUCCCGGCCUGGAUGUUAGGGCUCUGGGCUCUUUCAGCCCUUUGUUUGGAGGGAUUUGUCCUCUGCUGA